AUGUCAGUGGAAGAGAAUAUCACAUUAGGGUUACCCACCAAAAUCAAACUAAUUCAUUGCCCCCAAUGCAAUUUCUACUUACGCCUCCCUAGAAUUUGGAUCAAACUCGAAUCGACAAUCUAUCUAUCCUUUUGCUUAACAAAGUUAAAAUUCAAUAUCAGUUCCUAUGAUGAAGUCAAGGUGCUUGAUGCUGAACGCGUUCCAUUUGAAUGCGAUUCAAAAAUCUUCAAAGCUAGGGUUUAUGUUCAGAAAGAGGUUACAAAUGGAGAACCUCUUAAACAAUCUUAUGUUGUUGACUUUCUUCAAGAUGAUUGCGUCUGUGAACCAUGCAGUGAGGUUCAGGCUAAUCCUGGUCCCUGGCUUUACGUUGUGCAAUUGCGAAGACACGGCUCUCAUGCGCGGAGUUUUCUGCAACUGGAACAUGUUAUUAUGAAGCAUGCUGUUGUUGCUAAUGCUGAGAGAAUCCAGAAGAUGAAAAACGGUACUGAUUUCGCUUUCGAUGAUGAAGUUUGUGCUAGGAAGUUAGUUGACUUUAUCACGAAGCAAGCUCCUGUGAGGGUUUACGAGAGUAAGGGAGUUAUUUCUGAUAUUGAGAAUUAUAGUCAUUACAGUUGUGGUUACACUUUUUUCGUUCAAGUUUGUUCGAUUUGUUGUGAGGAUUUGAUUUUUCUGCCUCCUAGUGUUGCUUCGAGUUUGGGGAAUAUCGGUCCUGUUAUGAUUUGUAGCAGACUUACUAGCUUUAUUGGUUUGUUCGAUCCGUUAACCUCGAAGCAGACUUGUAUAGGUGCUGAUGGGUAUUGGGGCAGACCCUUCCUGCCUUUGCUCACUAGAAAAGAUUUAGUGGAAUAUGUUGUACUCGAUGUCGAUGAGGUUUAUAUCGAGGUUACUCUUAAUAAUAAGAUAUUCGGUUUGGCUAAUGCUGAGGUUGCUCGUGUGAAUGAUUUGGGAGAGAAUGACACGACAUUUAAGAUCAAGACUCAUCUGGCUCAUCUUUUGAGAAAGGGUGACCAUGCUCUUGGUUAUGACUUGUGGGAGGCUGAAUGUAGUGAUAGUGAUAUUGAAUUGAAGGAUCGCAUAGAAGGUGGUGUGAUUUUAAUGAAGACGAUAACUAAAGAGCAAUGCCGGAAGAGACGUUUAGAACAACAGCCGCAUUUAAAAGAUUUAGAAAAAAUCACUAAUGAUGUGCUUGGCAUGUCACUAGGCAGUGAAGAACCAACUUUGGAAGAGCAGCUCGAGGAUCUUAAUCUGUGUGACGAGGAAUAUAAGGAGAAGAAGAAGGCGAGGAGGAUGGCAUGA